AUGGAUUCACAAACUUUUGGAUUCGAUUUAAUAUCACAACCACAAUUAACUCAGGUUUCUUUAUCACAGCAGCAGCAACAAGAGGAACAACAGAAACAGCAAGAAGCAAUUGCUACAACUUUAAUACAACAUUCACAAUCAAAUAUUUCAUUAGAUAGUUUAUCAGCUACUAAUAAUACUCCACCUGCUCAAGCAAUACUAUUAGAUAAUAAUAACUCAAAUCAACAACAAUCUACAAUUGACAAUACUUCUACAACUCAUUUAUCUAAUCCAAUUUUGGUAAAUCAUCAAGAUCAACUCCAUGCUGCAAUCGUUGUAAAUAAUUCUAAUCAAAACACUUUAGAUUCCUCAAAUCAAAAUCAAGUUCCAAUCGGAAACAUCCCUCAAAACGUUACAAUACCAGCCUCCUUAAUACAUCACCAUGAUAAUCCUAACAUAAUAGAACAACAUCAAGCUCUAGUCUCUCAAACUGAUCAACAGAAUCAAUUGACGCUUUCAUCUGUUCCUGCUUCAAAUCAAAAUCAGGUUAUAUUGUCAAAUAAUGAAGAAUCUUCUGUACAAGCUAUAAUAAUCGCGGUUCAGGCUCAAGUUCAUUCUGAUCCUCAAAAUGCUGUUGCUAAAGUACAAGCCCAAGCUGCAGCCGCUGCUACUAGAUACGCGGCAGCAGCAGCAUUUGCUCAAGUACAAGCACAAGCCGCCCAUGUUGAAUUAAGAAUACAAGAACAAGUGGACGUUGCUACUCAAAUAGCUGUUGCCCAAGUUCAAACCGAGGUUCAAGCUGCUCAAAUGGCCGUUGCUCAAGUAACAGCAGAAAAACUUUCUAACGAUAUACAAGAUAAUACAGUUAACAUCGCAGCGAGUAUGAUGAAUCGAUCGGUAAACACUCAAAUGACUAUUAACAAUACUCCAGGGUUGGAUACAAUAUUGUCUUCCACUACUACUGCUACCACCACUACCGCACAACAAACAUCACUUCAAUCACAUCAUUCGCCUCAAGAAUCCUCAUCUUCAACAUCACCAUCGCUGCCGCCUCCUCCUCCUCCUGUUUCAUUACCACCUUCAUUACCACUGACGUUACCAUUAUCAUCAUCCAUCACUACAUUAGAAGCAACAACAACAAUUAAUGCUAAUACUGUUGAUGCAGAAUUAAUUAACAAUACUCCAGUUGUUUCUAACUCAUGGAAUUUGGCCCCAGAUGGCACGGAAAAUAUUCCAGUAACUAAUCCUCAAAUGAAUUUGAUUGAUAUAGGCGAUCAUCCUGUUCACGAGACAAAUAUUAAGAAAACACCGAAAUCAUUAACCAAUGAUGUUAUAGAACAAUCAUCUUCACAAAUACAAACACAACAAGUGCAGAACCAGCAACAACAUCAUUAUUCACAACCUAUAACAACUUCUACAGAUAUUUAUAAUAUUAGAAAUCAAAUACCUGAAAAUAUAUCGCCCAGAAAAAAUUCUUUAAACAUUGGCACAAAUCUACAACAAUCUUCACAAAUUCAAAAUCCAACAACGAUUAGCUUACCAACAAGAAUGAAACAAACUGAUUUACAUUUUAUUGUUGAUUCAUCAGAUUCUACCGGCUCGCCUUUUUAUAAUCAUGUCGAGUCUUCUCCGACAGCAACUUACAACAAUAUGCCGAUAGAUCAAUUAUACAUAGUAUUGGGGAGACUUCAAUUUCCAAAUUUAAGUAAAGAACAACUUAUUGCAAAAAUUGAAUCUUUCGAAAGUCAAGAUAGUGAUAAAAGAACUUCAAGAUCACGGUCAACUUCUUCUACAUCUUCCUCCUCCACUGUCAAAUCAAAAAUUUCACAAUUUUCAUCCUCUGAUAUAAAAAAAACCAAAAAUAAACGUUUAAGGAAAUCGGAUGAUAUCAAAGAUGGAAUCAAUUCAAAUUUAAUCGCCACAGGCACUUCUUUUGAUCAAAUGGAAGCAAUAGACUCUAGAAUGGGAAACACUCAGGAUAAUCAAGAUUCCGAGAAAAAUGAAGUUCAUCGAUGUAUGUGGAGAGAUUGUUCAAAAGUAUAUACUACUUUGGAAUUAUUAAUUGCUCACGUUGGUGACACGCAUAUUGGUAGUGGUAAGUCAACGUAUUUGUGUGACUGGGAAGGAUGUACAAGAAACUUAAGACCGUUUACAAAAAGGCACAAGAUGUGUAAUCAUUUAAGAACACAUACAGGGGAAAGACCAUACGCUUGCAAUGUUAAUGGUUGUGGCAAAAAAUUCUCAAGGCCUGAUUCUUUAACAACCCACAAAAAAACCCAUUCAAACCAUCGGCCAUAUGUUUGUCAACAUAAAGGUUGUAGUAAAGCAUAUUAUCACUCGAGAUCUCUUCGUAAACAUGAAAAAUCUCAUGAAACGCCACGCACAUUACAUCCUUUACCAACUCCUGUUCAUCCUCGUACUGCCACUCCUCCAACUCAAAAUAAUGGUGGUCCUGUACAUCUAAAUUUUUCUUCACCAAAUCAAAUUGCGAUUAAGAUUGGUAAAAGUGAUAUGACGUCUAGACAAAUUGUUGAAAAUAUUGAAAUUUCAGUGCCAAAAAUUAUUGAAAAAAUACCUAGAAAAUGGAGAAAUAUACAAUCUCUAAGUAUUAAAACAAAUUCAUCCACAAGUUUACCAAUUUUCAAUUCUUUGCCGGAAAUCAGCAAAUUAGUUAUCAACAAACCUAUUGAUGAUGAUGAAAAAGAAAAG